CCCAUUCAGGACGCAGAACCGCAGAAACCCCACUCCUCCCACUCGCAACUCCACUCCGCGGCGGCGCUGCUCCACCACUUCCCCGCAAAUCCCUCGACGGAAACCCCAAUCCGGCGACGCGACGGCGGCCCAAAUGCCCCCCACGACGAGCCUCCCCCUGGCGCAGCGCGGCCGCCACUCGCCGCCGGCGCUGGUCGACGACGCCAUGAGGGAGAUCUUCCUGCGCGUCCCGGCGGACGACCCCAAGACCCUCGUCCGCGCCGCCGCCGUCUGCACGACCUGGAGCCGCAUCCUCUCCGACGUCAUCUUCACCCGCGAGUACCGCGCCUUCCACGGCGCGCCGCCCAUGCUGGGCUUCCUCCACAACACGCACCAUGAGAGGUCGUGGGGGAGAGGGAGGAUCAAGCAGCACGAGGAGUACCUGGUCUCCAGCUUCGUCUCCACCGCCUCCUUCCGCCCGCCGGCCUGCCACGAGCGCCGCCACUGGCGCGUCCUCGACUCCCGCCACGGCCUCGUCCUCUUCCACACCCCUAAGAGGGACGAGGACUUCGUCAUCUGUGACCUCGUCACCUACGACCGGUGGAGGAUCGACGCCGCCCCCGAGUGCGCGGAAAUCAUAUGGAGUCAUCAGGAUGAAGACCAUGAUGAUGAUGAUGAUGAUGAUGAGGAGGAGGAGGAGGUUGAGGGAGUAACCUGGAAUGCUGCAGUGAUCUGUGCCAAGGAUGGAUGCAACCACCUCUACUGCCAUGGCGGCCCUUUCCUUGUGGCCCUCGUCGGCUCCGACGAGGAUCAGGGGAUCACCUUUGCAUCCGUAUAUUCAUCAAAGACUGAUGAGUGGAGCGACAUGAUCUCCAUUGAGGAGCCGAAUGCCAUCGAGAUGACUGGGCAAAUUGGUGUUGUUGGAAAUAAGGUCUACUUCCAAUGUGAAUGUACCCAAAAUGUUGUGGAGUACAACAUGGGCGAUGAAGAACUAUCGGUGAUUGAUCCAAUAUUUGAAGACGAUAAUAAGGACAUACAGGCCAUUGGACUCUUGGGGAUGGAGGAUGGCAUGUUGCUGUUCGCCGCCGUGCUGGAGCCUAAACUCUACCUAUGGUCAAUGGAGGCUGGCUCCAACGGAGCUGCGGCAUGGGCACAGCGCAGAGUCAUUGAGCUUGCACCGUUGCUCCCUUCUCGUGCCCUCUUGGAUGUGUCAGUGGUUGGUUUUGCAGAAGGUGUUGGUCUCAUCUUCCUGAAUACAGAGGCUGGGUUGUACACAAUUGAGCUCAACUCAGGCCGAAGCAAGGAGGUACAUAGAGCCACAUCUUUCAAAAGGGUCAUGCCCUACACGAGCUUCUACACUAGAGCUAGAGUUGAAGUUAUUAAGGGACAAAGUGUGCUCCUCUUGUGCUCAUCGGAUCAACUUAUGAAGCUUUGUUUUCUUAUGGCGCAUCUUGGGGGCGAAUGCCGACCUCUGACUAAGCUUCCUGUUGGUGCUACUGCUACAUCAGUAUAAUCAAAUGGCGUCAAAAGGAUGGAUCUCUUUGCUUUUGCUGCCCAGGAAGAAUUUGUACCACUGAACUUCGGUGUCUUCGUUUGCUGGAUGUGUUGGAUUGUUCGGUCAGGGUGUAUGCACUUUUGUUCUGUUUGUGCUUGUGCCAAAACUUGAGUCCGCAGUCAUUGUGUCCGUAACACCAGCAGGGUAUUUAUGUGUUUUACCUAAGGAAUUAAGGUAAGGAAGUAGAACAUGAUCAAUUGUGACAGUAACUUAUGAGUGUAGACUUAAAGUACCUAAAUUUUAAGGAGACAGAGAUAUCUAUGCA